AUGGCAGAACCCAAUGUCCGUAAACCGGCCCCGGACCCCAGAGCACUAACGCGCUGCAUGCCUGGGACUUUCCAGCUGCCCCAGGACCAGCCCCGUGGGCACCUGCGGGCACCCAGCCUCUCCGCCAACCCCCUCAGCCCUGUGGGCCUGCCCCCCAAACGCUGUGAACAGGCUGUCCCGACCCUGAUGGCUGCCCAGACUGUCUGCCCGCUCCCACCUGUUAUCUUGUCUGGACCCCGCCAGGCCAGGACGAUCACCUCUGCCGGCCGUGUGCCCACGGACCCCAGCCCGUGGGUCCAGGGUAGCCUGGCCAAGUCAGCAGCAGCGCCUGUGACGGCCCACGAAGCUCCACAGGCACAGCUUUGGGGGCACACGGCCCUGCGCAACCCAUCCAAGGGCCCAGAGGGGAAUGGGGACCGGAACAGGGAGCCUCCUCGGUCAUGGCUGAGGACGCUGGAGUCUGGGUCUCGGGAGGGGCCCCCUGAGCCCGAGGGGGCUCACUUCCGGGUGUGGUCCAAUGGUUUCCCACGGUGCUGCGCCGACCCACCUGCCCACGGGCGGGGACCGCUGUCGCGCCGGCCAGCCCGCUCCCACCACUGGAGCACCGCUCCCAGCCCGCCGCUUAAGGGUGGCUCCCGCGGGCCAGCCUGGUGCAAGACCAUCGCCAGGGACCUUCACCCAAACCCAAAGAGCAAAUGGUGUCCCGCGAGAGGGGGAGGACUCCUCCGGCGGUGGCGCCACGCGGUCUCACACGCCCCGUCCCGAGCCAACGCCGGCACCGGGCCGUGCCCGCCUCUGGGAAGACGGCAGAGGCCCCCACAUCGCAGCAGCAGGAACCCCAAGCUCUGGGCGUCACAAGGCCCGGGCUUCGUGCUGGGUCCCUCUUGCGGGCAGACGCAGCGUCCACAGGACACGGGCCCGCAUCCCUGUCGCCGGCAGCAGCACACGGAAGCCUCCCUCAAGUUCGAGCCUCUCACUCGAGCCUCCAGUGCUUUGUGGGCCUCCCUGGGCCAUGUCCCCGCCCACCAUGCUGAGGACCACACAGCUGGAGGGCACCCCCUGCAGAUGGCCCAGGAGGAGUUAGAGCCCACAGAUGACUUUAGAUGGGACCAACUCCCUGGGGUCACUACGCUCCCCACUGUCACCUGGCCUCCCGGCAGGGAGGUCCCCGGGCAAUCAGGGCCGUCGAAGGACAGCCAGGGCAGCGCAGCCCAGCACCCCUUCCCCUAUCUCCUACAGGGCCCAGGCUUUAUGGGGGAGCUCCCCCGGGGCCUCCCGCCCAAGUCCCCACAGCGGCUCGUCCCUGGGCGGACGGUGUUGCACCUGCCAGGCUGCUUGGGGGCCUUCUGCAUACCUGCCGGCAUCUUCCCGACCAGGGUCUGCCGUCCCCGGGGCCCGAGCCCCAUCUUCCUUCAGCCUUUGCUAAGCGUCUACGGGGAAGAUCCAAACAUCCGCCGUGCCCGGCGGCAGAAGGGGAAACUGAGGCAGGAGCAACCAGCCGGCCCACGUCGCACCAGCCGUGUGCGCAUCUCCUCCUGCAUCACUUCCUGUCUCCUGCUGGCCUCGCCCGCCUCCCCAGCUGACCCUGCCCUGUCCAGCCACCUCCCUACACCCAAGGCCCACCUGCCACUGCCACUUGCCAGUGCUGGCUGCCUCCCGGCCCUGCCUGAGCCAGCAACAGGUCAGCUGACCCCUGCUCUUAUGUCCCUGGACAAUGACACAGGCGGGGAGCGGGCGGCAGCGGCGGCGGGCGCCGGCCGGCUCCGCGCCGCCUUGCAUGGGCUGGGCCCCCGCGCCGCCCCGCCUGCUCCACACGUGCGGCGGCUGCGGCGGGGGCACGCGCUGUCCGGGCCCCGGCGGCCUCGGGAACCCCCGGCCCGGGCCUUCGGCCUGCGCCGCCUCAGCCGCCCGGAGCCCUGCGGGUCCCCGCGCCCCGCGGUCCGCGGCCGACGGCGUUCUCGGCGGAGAGCGAGCGCGGGCUGCCGUUUGGGGCGGGGGACGGCCGCUCCGGGGUCCCAGGCCGGUGUGGGGGCGCCCCGGCGGCGGCCGGCUCCGACGGAAGUUGCUCCCCGCGGCGGGAGGGCCCCGGGCAGCCCCCGGCCCCCCGACGCGCGCUCGGGGCUGGCGGGGGCGGACCUCGGUGCCCCCCGCGCCUUCCGGACAGGCACCUGCCGCAACCGCGGGCCCCCGGGACGGCGGGCCCCGCCGGGAGCCGCCCCCAGCAGCGCGCCCGGCCCCCAGCGAAGCUCGGCUGCCCAGCCUGGGGCCCUGGGGCCGGCCGGCCGCCGCGGGGCCCUCUCUGGGCGCGCGCCACGACCCGCUGGUAAUGCCCGUCCCAGAGAAGACUUGGUUUGGCUGCAGCGGUGUUUGUCCGAGGGUCUAAAGUCCCUGGAGGAUGACCUAGCACUCGCAAGCCCCACCGGCCUCCUGAGGGCCCCCGUGGACGCGCCGGCCCGACCCGAAGCUGCGAGGCGGGCAGGCACCCAGACUUGCGACCCUCCGCACCCUCGGGUGCCGGGGUUCUGGGCCAGGCGCGCCUCUUGA